GUACUUCGUAUAUAGUUUCUGCCAAAAAAAACCACCCCUCCUUAUUGUCCACGGAGGUGGAAGGAACGCGAACGAGGAACCCUAGCCGCCUGACUAAGGAACGCCCACAUCGAUCAGGAAGGCUGGCGACGAUGGCGGCUGUUCGGUGCGGGGCGAGGAGGCUCAGUGGCUCCCUGCUCCAGCCAACGCAGGCGGCGGUCACGGAGGAGGGACGCCGGCUCGCGCCAAGCAGGCUCAUGCGCUCCCGCGAGUUCUCCAGUAAGGUCUCCGGUGAGGUGGCGGAGCGACUCCUCCUCGAGCCAGGCAGCCUCAUGCGCUCCCGCCGGCUCUCCAGCCAGCAUGCUCGCAACAUCCAGAAGAAAGAGGAUGACUGCUGGGUGGGGUUCAAUGAGACGUUAAAGAGGUUGGACGAGCUUCAAAAAAAGAAGAAACCAAGUGUUUUUCAGAAGCGCAUGAUAUCCAUCGACCGUGCGUUGAAGAGUUUAGUCUAUGGAUCUUUCAAGGUGACAGUUGUGUAUGCUGCUGCUGCUGCUGCUUUCUCUGGCAGUGGGCUAGAAGCCUAGCCCAGGCCGUUACCAAGGAAAACGUGUGAAGACAAGGUGGAAAAAUGAGAACCAAAGAUGGCCGCCCAGCUUGUUUUAUGUUUUUCCCUAAAAAAAAAAGCUUGUUUUAUGUUUAAUUAUGACCAGUGCAGUUUGGCUAGCUAGGACUAUGCUAUCGUACGUUGCGAUAU